CACACGCGGCAAAUGUUAUAAAUACGAUUUCCUCCGCGAAACUCAAAACAGUCUACAUUUUGCAUUCGAUUAGUCUGAACACCUUUCCCGUGUUUAGAAAUAAUUUAACGUAAAUUAUCGCCCUUUUUUGUUUAAUAAAAAAAAAGUUCCCCGUAUUAAAUAAAGAAAAAAUAAAACAAAACGGAAAAAUAUUCAAAGUGAAGUAUCAAAAGUAUACGACAGUUGAAUCACCGAAUUAAUUAAAAAAAUUUCAAAUACUUGAAAAAAAGUGAACAAAGACAAUUUUUAAGAUUUUUAUUUGUUAAAAAUCAAUACAAGCAAAGUACUACUGAACCGCAUCAAUAAGGGUCCAGAAAAAGUUGCUCAACAAAUCAAUUAAUUAAAGCUAUUCAUCCCAAAAAAUAAAUAAGGUAAUACCCACAAUGUUGUCAGAUUUAGAUCAACUUCCCCAAGUUCAACUUGGCGACUAUGUCUUGCGUUUCGAAUUGGAAGAUCUUACAGAAUUCGGUAAACAAGUUGCUGCCAAGGAGUUGCGAGAAACAGAUGAUGUCAAAAAAGAAGCUAUCGAGGAGUUGCGUGAAUUAUUGAAAGGCGAAAAAGGAUUAUCAGUGCCCCUCGAUAACGACGAUUGGCUCGUUCGUUUCCUUCGCCCCUGCAAAUUCUAUCCGAAAAGCUCGUUCGAACUCAUCAAACGUUACUACCAGUUCAAAGUGAAGCACAGCGACAUCUACAACGAUCUCAUGCCAUCACGCGAGGAAAAUGUCUUCAAAUCCAACAUGAUUGCCGUUUUUCCGAAUCGUGAUCAACUUGGGCGUCGCGUAUUGCUUUUGGAGCUCGGAAAAUGCUGGAAUCACAAAAAAGUGUCGCUCGACGAGGUGUUCAAGGGAUGCGUUUUGUUCCUCGAAGCAGCCAUGUUGGAGCCGGAGACACAAGUGCAUGGCGCCGUCGUGAUUUUCGACAUGAACGGCUUGAGUUUGCAGCAAGUUUGGCAAUUUACGCCGUCGUUCGCGAAACGAAUUGUCGACUUUUUGCAAGAAUGCAUGCCGUUGCGUUUGAAGGCGUUGCACAUCAUCAACCAACCGAAGAUCUUCAACAUGGUCUUUGCGCUCUUCAAACCCUUCUUGAAGGAGAAAUUGCGCGGCAGAAUUGUCUUCCACGGCACCGAUAUGGCGUCGUUCCAUCAACACAUGGCGCCCGAAUGCCUUCCGCUGUGCUAUGGCGGCACCGUUGAUGCUCCUCGUGUCCGCGGCGAACAAUGGUACGAACUGCUGAUGCAAUGCGACAAAGAGUACGAAGCUAUCAACUCCUUCGGAUACAAGGCAGAGCUGCUGGAAAAGGAAAACAAAGAAAAUCUCAAAGUUAAUCGUAAAAAGUAGAGAUUUUUCGUUGUUUUUUCUUUUGUUUUUGUUUGUUAACUUGACUACUUAUGUGAUGAACAUAAUUUUAUAAGACUCCAAGACAAUAGUUGCUAAUUUAUUUUUUAACAUUAAGACAUAGAAAAAUCCCUCACUCGAAGAAUCGCGAAUUGAAAAAGUGUAGACAGAUGUUUGCAAGCAAUCAGAAUUAUUUUUUUAAUGCAAUCUAAUUAAUCUUUGAGUGCAAACAAAAAGGUUUCUCUAAAUAAAAAAUGAAUCAAAACCAAAGCUUUGAUAGCUGUCCCCAUCAAUUCAAGAUUUUCAGUUCCAUUUUUUACAUUUUAAGGUUAUAAUGGUAAAAUUAGUUUUAAAAAAAUAUAUUUAUAAAAUAUGGGUGAAUUUUUAGAAAUAAUUGAAGCUCACUUAUGUAUAAAUUAUAAUAA